AUGGUGGAGGAUGGAUCAUUCGGAGCAGUCGAUCAGAACGGUAACUGGGAUGGCCUUAUUGGUGCAUUGACUUCGGGAUCUGCCGACGUUGCUUUGGCCCCUAUAAGUGUGAACGCGGAGCGCGAGAGCGUUGUUGAUUUCACAGUAUCUUUCUACGACCUCGUUGGUAGCACGAUUCUGAUGAGGAAACCUGUAGUACAAUAUUCGCUGUUCAAAUUUACGCAGGUACUGGAAUGGCCUGUUUGGUUGUGUCUACUUGCUGCCUAUAUCGUUAUGAGCACCACUCUUUGGCUAGUUGACAGAAUCAGUCCAUAUUCGUACACCAACAGCAGGAAAAGAACGAUGACGCAGGAGAAC